GAGAGGCUGCACGAUGCUGUUGCCCUUCGAGUAUGGGGCUGGAGGUAGGAGCAAGCAACCCCGCAGGGAAUGUGCAGGAGGCUGGAAUGAGGAACUGGGGUGGGUCGUGUCGGUAGUGCCAGGCUAGCAGAAGUACGAAGACGUCAACGAUAACCGGCGUCACUUCGAUAGCGGCGCCAGGGCUGUGGGAGAUUCUGGGGAGGUUGUGGUUGGGCGAGUGGUGCUGGUGAUUCGGUGAAAGGUGGGUAUCAACAUUGUCGACGAAGAGGAAAAACGAAAAACAACUUACGUAGCCGCCAACGUCCUUGGGGUCUUUCCCAGAGCUAGAAAGACUGGCUGCUCGGACUUUUUGCCAUAGGUAAUUAAGGGCUCGAGCUAGCCCAGACUCAUAACAGGGUGCUCAAUCGGAGUCAAGGACGAGGUCGUAGAUUACGUGAUCGACCUUGCCCGAUCACCGCUCUUCAACGAACGACCACGUAGUACCAUGUCAAUAAUCAACACUGUGUCCGCGACACGCGCAGAUCCCGCAUCCCUAGACCUAAUGUUUCCUCAAGACCUCAUUUCUUCUGAAGUUUCUGCCCAGCUUCCUUCCGAUCUUCAGAUACGCCCGCUAGCGUCAACAGAUUACAAACGCGGACAUCUCGACGUCCUCUCCGGUCUAUCUAUCGUCAACGACCUCGGCGAGGUAGCGUGGGUGAACCAGUUCCACGCCAUGCGCGCAACGCCGUGCGCAUACUUUUCCAUUGUCAUCGUUGACAAGGCGAGCGACAAGAUCGUCGGCGUCGGCACCGUCUUCAUCGAGCGCAAGUUCCUCCGUGGUCUUGGCAGCGUCGGCCAUGUUGAGGAUAUCGCCGUCGACAAGAACUACCAGGGCAAGAAGCUUGGUCUCCGUAUCAUCCAAGCUCUUACGCAUAUCAGUGAGAGUAACGGUUGUUAUAAGACUAUCUUGAAUUGUAAUGACGCCAACAUUCCAUUCUAUGAGAAAUGUGGCUAUGUCAAGAAGGAGAACGAGAUGGCGAAGUACGCGCCGGCGCGUGUUAACGACACUCCAAAACUUUGAUCUGCUAUUUCAUCUAUUGGACUACAUUCGUAUAUACCGCCGUCACCGUAUUCUAGAUCUUCCUGCGGAAAUUCUGUACAUACUACACAUACCUGUAAUACAACUCUACCUCAAGCUGACUGAGC